AUGAUCCACUUCCACUGCUGGUGGCGCUCUGAGAAUGCCAACAGCAAGUUGAGACUCUGUCUUCUUCGCAAGAAGUCAGAGAUUUCCUCAGUGCUCUUGUGCGAUGAUGCACCGGCAGAGUGGCAGCUCUUGCAGAAGGUCUUCGUUGCGAGUGACCAUGCGCUGCUGCAGGAAGCUCAGGCGGGCGAUGAGCUGCAAGUGCAAUAUAAAGUGGCCGGGAAAUUGGAGGUGAAUCAGAUCACCAUCACCACGUGCCACGGCGAAUGUCAUCAUGCCGCGUCCAGCUGCCGCUGGCCGGCGCCAGAGCGCAAGCCACCCGGUGGCGUGAGGCUAUGA